GUAACAUCAACACGGGAGAAUAAACGCAGCCGAUAAAGGUAAACAAAAUAGUCUACUUGCGUAAGUAAGGACGCCUUAAGAUAUUUUCUAUAGUUGUUUUAUAUUUGAAUGCAAAUAUUAUUAAAUAUAUUUUGGUCUUGAUCGUCCAAAACGUAACGAUUGGAUGACAAAACAAUUGAAAUGUUUGUUUUUCUCUUGAGGCGGUACGAUCCCACAACCACCAAACCACAACACAAAAUGUAUCUAUUGCGGCCACAGUGACCGUACCGCCCCAAACGCAAAUCCGCAUAUAACCAUUGUUCGGGACUGCGCUAGACGUAAUGCGUGUCCCCGUAGGGCUUUGCACCAAAUCAAUUAUUCGGAGAUUAUACAGAUUAACAGAGUAAUUUAGUGGUUUCUAUGGGUUUAUAUAAUAUGAAUAAAUAAUAAUUUGGACAGAUGGUGUAGUAGUCAGUGAUUUUUGUCAUUAAUCACGUGUCAUGGGUUCGAGUACAGGUGUGUGCUUUUAGGUUUAGUGAAAUGAAAUACAAAAAUAAUCAUGUCUUCUAUCUCAAAUCUGCAAUUCUUAGAACUAACUACAGAUGCCAUUCUUUUAUUAUUUUUUUGUGAUUUCCAUUGCUUUUCUUGCUAAUCUUAUAUGUUUUGAUCAACCUAUGAUAAAUCUAUUAAAGAACAUUUAAUUUCGGAUUACAAAUCUACAAAAAUGAUAAGUUCUUCAGCUUUUCUGAUUAACUGAACCCUACGUUUAAAGUCAAAUCGUAAUAUGUUUUUCCAAUAUGAGUUUCAUUCCAAUGGUACUCUAUUUUAGUGUGAAAAUAUAAUGAUGAACAAAACAUAAAUAACUUACUCUAUAUAUAGAGUAAACUCAUUUUUACUCUAUUAAAAGUAGAAAAUAGAAUAUCAUUGGAAUAUUUUUACUCUAAAUUCUAUUUUAGAAUAGAAAAUAAAGUGCGAUUGAAGAUGCUCUUACCCGCGUUUUUGAACAAAGCAUAUAUAACUAAUUAAUUUCUUCAAUAAAUUAAACAGAAUAACUUUAUUUGAAGAUGUCGCAUUCAAUAGUUGGUAGAUAUAGUUCUAAAAGAUCAUAUUACUUCUCUAUCACACACACAUAGAAAGUGAAAACUUAUUCAACACUUCAGGUAGAGAGAGGAAGAGAGUGAUAGCUAAGUUAUAAUUAAAGUCUCCCGAAAAUCUGAAUAGAAUCUUCUCUCAAGAAAGUAUAGAAUAAAAAAUCACAUAAAAUAAAAUAAAAAGCACAUUUCCUUUUGCAUCAUGAAAGUUUUUGUCUCUGUUUACAUUAACAUGUGCCUAUAUAUAUGGGUUCAUAUAAGCCUAGAGAAUCCGCCAGUAUCGGAAUAUAUACUCAGUCUUUCAUGAUAUCAACAACAUACACAAGACAAAACGCUUUUGUCUCUUUGUCCAAGUCUACAAGGAACCAGGAGAAGAACCCAUUCUAAAGUUCUUAUAAAUCUCGCAUAUAAGAAGAAGAUCCAAAAAUUAAAUUUAAAAAUAUCAAAUAUGGAGAGUCGCUCACUCAUUCCUCCCGGUUACCGAUUUCAUCCAACCGACGAAGAACUCGUUGACUAUUAUCUUAAGAAGAAAGUUGCAUUCCCCGGGAUGCAAGUUGAUGUUAUCAAAGAUGUUGAUCUUUACAAAAUCGAGCCAUGGGACAUCCAGGAGUUAUGUGGAAGAGGUACAGGAGAAGAGAGGGAAUGGUAUUUCUUUAGCCACAAGGACAAGAAGUAUCCAACAGGGACACGAACCAAUAGAGCAACAGGGUCAGGAUUUUGGAAAGCAACAGGUCGAGACAAGGCCAUAUACUCGAAGCAAGAGCUUGUGGGCAUGAGGAAGACUCUUGUGUUUUACAAAGGUCGGGCCCCAAAUGGUCAGAAAUCGGAUUGGAUAGUGCAUGAAUAUCGUCUUGAGACCGAUGAAAAUGGACCACCUCAUGAGGAAGGAUGGGUGGUUUGUCGUGCUUUCAAGAAGAAACUAACAACGAUGAUGAAUUACAACAAUCCAAGAACAAUGAUGGGAUCAUCAUCAUCAGGCCAAGAAUCUAAUUGGUUCGUGCAGCAAAUGGAUGUCGCUAAUGGUAGCUACUACCAUCUUCCUGAUCUAGAGAGCCCAAGAAUGUUUCAAGCCUCAUCAUCAUCGUUACAUCACAAUGAUAAUGACCCUUAUGGUGUUGUACUGAGCACUAUCAACGCAACACCAACCACAUUAGUGCAAGGAGAUGGAGAAGUUGAUCAUGGUCAAGUUAUUACUAAUGAUGAUGAUCAUAUGAUUAUGAUGAACACAAACACUGAUCAUCACCAUCAUCAGUCAGGAUUACUGCUCAAUGAUGACCAUAAUGAUCAAGUGAUGGAGUGGCAAACUCUUGACAAAUUUGUUGCCUCUCAGCUAAUCAUGAGCCAAGAAGACGAAGAAGUUAACAAAGACCCAUCUGAUAAUUCGAUUGAAACAUUCCAUCAUCUCUCUGAAGAGCAAGCAACAAUGGUUUCAAUGAAUGCAUCGCCUUCUUCUCCAUGUUCCUUCUACUCUUGGUCUCAAAACACACACCCAUAAUAUCCAUCUUCAAACGUGCAUGUGUGAAUUCGAAUGCCUUAUUAUAAUUAAAUCGAGGCUCAUGCUCAUUGAUUACAUCAUACGCAUGUCUUAACGACUUACUAAUUCUAAUUUUUAUACGAAAAUUGUUUAUUUAUUAUGUAAACUUUAUAGCUUGUUUGCCACCCGGUGUAACUUUAUAGUUUUAUGAAAUAUAUAAACAAAGACUAUAAUUAUUUCUAAA